AUGUGCUCGUCGUUGACUCAAUUGGUGUUUGGGGUCGUGAUGCUCGGAGCAAUAGCGCUCACUCUUGGGGCCACAUUCUCAAACAAGUGGAGAACUGUGGAAGCUGGACUCUUGGAAGCCUACGAGAAUAUCCAAACUAAUCAUACGGAACGGUUGACUGGAAUUCUCCCUUUCUUCUGCGAGAACGAGGCCGCCGGAUGUGCUGCUUUCUGGAAGAUGAAACCCUAUGAGAAAAUCGUCGCUAUCUGUAUGAUAGCCGCCCUCGUUCUUGAGAUUGUCGCUUUUGUCUGGAACUUUCUCACCUCAUGCACUUGCUGUUUCAAGAAAUAUCUCCUCCAUCCCCUCUCCCCACUCUCCUUCCUCAUCACCCUUCUCUUGACAAUUGCUAUUGGAGUCUUUUACUACUAUAGUGACGAAGUCAAGAAUGAUGUAAACAUCCAACAGCUCUUCGACUCGGAUGCAAAGGAUUUGAAUAUAAAUAUUGGAUCGGCUUUCUGGAUGGCUGUCGGUGCCUGGUGUCUUGCUGUGAUUGAUACAAUCCUCGCUUCCUUUGCUAUUUUCUUCGCUGAACAUGGUGUUUAG